GGAGGGGAAGCCGGGCCGGCUGAAGCGAUGGCGGCCGGAGGCAGCGAGGCCCGGGUCGCGGACGUGGAGGAGGACGCCUCGCAGCUCGUCUUCCCCAAAGAAUUUGAAACUGCUGAGACCCUUCUAAAUUCAGAAGUGCACAUGCUUCUUGAGCAUCGUAAACAACAGAAUGAGAGUGCUGAGGAUGAGCAGGAGCUCUCGGAAGUCUUCAUGAAAACUCUGAACUACACGGCUCGCUUCAGCCGCUUCAAAAACCGGGAGACCAUUGCCAGCGUCCGCAGUUUGUUGCUCCAGAAAAAGCUCCAUAAAUUUGAAUUGGCGUGUUUGGCUAAUCUGUGUCCUGAGACAGCUGAGGAGGCCAAGGCUUUGAUUCCCAGCUUAGAGGGCCGGUUUGAAGAUGAGGAGCUACAGCAGAUUCUUGAUGACAUUCAGACCAAACGAAGCUUCCAGUAUUAGGGCUAAUUACCAGCCCUUAUUAUGAAAGGAAAGAUCAGAGAAUUUCAGAUGUUUCUGUGCACACCAGACCAAUCUAGCUAGCUCCAGGACAGAGCAAAGAGAGUUCUUGAUACACAGUACUUCAGCCUUGGGUCCCACACAGACAUGUUUAAACUGGGGACCACUCUUUGACUUGCUGAAUAUUGUAAACUUGACAAAGAUUCAUUUGUGGUGAGAGCCAUGGAAUCUUGGAAACUCCUGUCUAGGUGGUUUCGGUACCUGUUUCCCCCAACUUCCUGUCCUUGCCAUGGGAAUCUUUAAAGUGUUUUUGGUUACAGGGCCUAGAAUAAGAGUAGGUGUGAUUCUUCUUUCUUAUGAACUCCAGUUACCUAAGGUGGAGAAAUUUUGUGCCCAUUGGUUGUUGAAAAUCCUAGUAGUUUGUAGAAUCAGGGCUAAAAAGAUUCUGAGUGUCUUUUGAAAUGUUUGUUCAAGAUAAUGUUUUUUUCCCCCUUCAAUAGUGCAUCAUUGUUCAGUUUGAAUUAAAAUGUGAUGUUUCUUAU